AUGAGCCUCAAAAAAGCAGAAGCCCCUUACAGGGGCUCAGAAAAGAACAGGCAGGUUCAUUCCUGUGAUUACAUCAUGAGAUUGGCAGAAGAAAGAGUUCCGCUCCGAGGAGCUCGCUGGAGGCGGCGCCUGGUUGCUCCUGCUGCCGCCGCCGCCUUCCUUUCCCCCCUCCACGACUCUGGUUUCUCUUCUUCUCCACCCACCCACUCCCCCCCGCGCGUGGGACUCCCCCGGCGAGGCUUUGACGUUGUGAUUGGCUCAAUAGAAGAUGGCGCUGCGCGGAUGGAAAUCCUAAUGACAGUCUCCAAAAUCGCUUCCAUCUGUACCAUGGGCGCUAAUGCCUCAGCUUUGGAAAAAGAAAUUGGUCCGGAACAGUUUCCUGUCAAUGAACAUUACUUUGGUUUAGUAAAUUUUGGAAACACAUGCUACUGCAAUUCAGUUCUUCAGGCACUUUAUUUUUGUCGUCCAUUUCGAGAGAAAGUCUUGGCAUACAAGAGUCAGCCCAGAAAAAAAGAGAGCCUUCUCACCUGCUUAGCUGAUCUAUUUCACAGCAUAGCCACCCAAAAGAAAAAGGUUGGAGUGAUUCCUCCGAAAAAGUUCAUAACAAGACUGCGAAAGGAGAAUGAGCUUUUUGAUAACUACAUGCAGCAAGAUGCACAUGAAUUCCUGAACUACCUAUUGAAUACAGUAGCAGAUAUUUUGCAAGAAGAAAGAAAGCAGGAGAAACAAAAUGGCCGUCUGCCAAAUGGCUGCAUUGACAAUGAAAAUAGUAACAGUCCGCCAGAUCCAACAUGGGUCCAUGAAAUAUUUCAGGGAACAUUAACCAAUGAAACAAGGUGUCUCACUUGUGAAACAAUAAGCAGCAAAGAUGAAGACUUCUUGGACCUUUCAGUUGAUGUGGAGCAAAAUACUUCAAUUACCCACUGUUUAAGAGGUUUCAGCAAUACAGAAACUCUGUGCAGUGAAUAUAAAUAUUACUGUGAAGAGUGUCGCAGUAAACAAGAAGCACACAAAAGAAUGAAAGUCAAAAAACUGCCUAUGAUUCUAGCCCUGCAUCUGAAAAGAUUUAAGUACAUGGAUCAGCUGCAUCGAUAUACAAAACUCUCAUACAGAGUAGUAUUUCCUUUAGAACUUCGGCUGUUUAAUACAUCUGGAGAUGCCACUAACCCUGACAGAAUGUAUGAUCUUGUGGCUGUGGUGGUUCACUGUGGAAGUGGACCAAACCGAGGACACUAUAUUGCAAUAGUGAAGAGUCAUGAUUUUUGGUUGCUCUUUGAUGAUGACAUUGUAGAGAAAAUAGAUGCACAAGCUAUUGAGGAAUUCUACGGGUUAACAUCAGACAUCUCAAAGAACUCAGAGUCUGGUUAUAUCCUCUUCUAUCAAUCUCGGGAUUGAAAGGGUCUGUGAUGAAAAGUGACUUCCUGCCUCAUUUCUUUUCUGGCUAUUAAAGAAAGAAGAAUAUACUGAUUCCUUUCUCUCUUUUUUAAAAAAAAAAUACAAAGAAUCGAAGGAAUCAUAGAGCACUUUGCACAAGGACAAGGUUUCAGUGAAGCUUUCUUCAGUUCUUCAUAUCAUGUUUGUUUAAUUUGCUAAGGUAUCACAAUGACAGUGCUGAUCCACCACCAAUGUGCAGCAGGAACAGAGAGGCCAGCUGUUCUUGUAAGAGCUUACUAUCAGGCAGCUGAAACUGUGCUUAGGAGACUUGAUUAAAAGACUUUUCAAGUCAGUGGAAAUAUUUUCAUCAUCUUCAGUGUGCUUUGACUUUUGGCUAUUAUUGCACUAGAAGUAAGUGCAACAGAAACAGUAUCAAUUUGGCAUACUAACUUUUCAUUGUUUCUUACUACUAAAAAUGAAAAUGAUUCACUACAUUGGUUUUAUCUAUUCUUAGUCGCUGGGAUUCUUGCACACCUAAUUUAAGAGAGUUAACCUAACAGUUGCCUUCCUGGCCAGAAUAGAUUAACAGAAUUUGGUAUUCAUACUAGAAUCAAGAAGGCAAGUACGCUCCGCUUCUUGUAAGAAGCUUACAUUACAAUAAUAUGUACCUCUGUGGGAUAGUUUGGGGUUUUAAACUCCCUAUGGGGAAGAAUCUGGUUUAUAACUAUAGUUUUAUUUUUAUUUAUGCAUUAUUGCAACUUCUAGAGGUUCUGUAUUUUCUAUUCUCAAUUCCAAUAAUUUUGGAUCCUAGAUUUGUAUAUUAGCUUAUAUCAGAUUUAAAUAUUCUAUUUCAUUGCUUGUUUAAGAGAUUUAUCACAUUUCUCAUUAGGGAUACCUUCAAAACUUAAAAAAGCUGGUAUCUCUUGGUAUAUAUUAGACAUGGUUUAAGGAAUUUGACAUGACAUUUUCUGAUAUUGUAAAACAGAUAAUUUCCUUUAUUACAAUAAGACUCCAGACCUUUGGGUGAGAUACCAGGGUUUUUAAUUCUAAAUCUUCUAAGCAGAUUGACUGCAAUAUUCACCUGGGUUACACAUGUUUAAAUCCGAGAGGAACCAGAGGGAGAAAAAUGUUUGGAAUUCUGGGCUUAAUUGUGGCUGUACUUGUGCUGUAAUUGAAAAUGUAGAAUAGCUACAGCAUAUCUUGAUCUUUGAUCCGUGCUUGCAGUGGCUAUAAAAAUGCCAUAUGUAUGUUAGUUGAAAUAUUCUGAGAGUAAAGAAAUAACUAGUUGACACUCUUUGUUGUGAUGGUUCUAGCCAGUAAAUUAAAAAAAUAAAAUAACAAAAAUUGUAUUUGAAAUCUGAUUGCUUCAUUACAACAAGAAAUGAUACAGAAUUAGGUUCUUCUGAUUGGCACUUCAUAAUAUUAUCAUGUUGUCUGACAGUGGCUGAAUGUAAUUUCUUUAAAAAGAGGCUGAACGCACAUUCCCACUAACUACAUUUAUGCUGAUAUUUUGGCACCCCUUUUGGAGAUGUGUGUGGAUUUUUAAAAAUCAUUUCAUUUUGUUGACAUUGUUAAAAUAUCAACCUGUUUUCUGUCUGCUGCUAUAAUUAAUUCAUUCAUUUACUUAAUCUGUAUUAUUUAGCUCAGGAAGAUAACUUCAUAUACCUGAACAGUUUUUUAACAUGAUCACAAAGUGAACUACUUUAUUUAACAGAUGUGAAAAUGUUGUGUCAUAUUGUAAAGGUUUUUUUAAUAUAAAAACAAAGAUUUUGAAACCUUA